AUGCCAUCUGACACCGUCUUCCCCCAACUUCCAUACGAGCUGUGGGCCGAGAUUAUCUCAUUCUGCACGAGCAAGCGCGAUCUAGCCAAUCUCUGUUCCGCAAACUCGAUGAUAGGAUUCAUUGCAUCAAAGCAUCUAUACAGCCAUGUGAGAUCAUCUUGCGUUGUAAAACUUGCCAAGUUAUACCGCUCGGUGUCACGCAAUCUGAAUAUCGCGGCUCAAAUCAUCGCUUUGGAUGUGAAUCUAGAGCCUGAUCACUCCGAGAAUCAGGCGAUGAUAAUCCAUUUUAAACUACAAGGAGCACGCAUGCGCCUGUUUUUCCGCACGCGGGAUCUGCUCCCCAAUCUGAAGUCUUUGGACAUCCAAUGCAUCCGUGGAGGAUCCUCUGAAGUGUGGCAUGCUCUGACGAAGAACCUAGGCUACGUGCGAGCUCGCUUGUCGAGAUUAACACUGCCGUAUGCGAGGGACUGUUCAGCACUUCCUGUGUUCCGCUCCCAGCCGGAUCUGGAGGAACUGUACCUACAACACCGGUAUGGGGAGCAUCAUGCAGAGGAGCUGGUUAAUCUCCCAUCCACAUUGCUCCUUGUCUACGUCGCCUGA